AGACCGGUCUCCCCUGCGCUUUCCUGUUUCCAACCUUCCUCCAGCAAUUCUGCGCCCUCCCUUCCCCCGCCUCCCUUCUUCCCACCAAGCGGCGCGCAGGUUCUCUGCAGAGAGGGAAAUCCCAAUAGAACAGGAGGAGGAGGAGGAGAUAAAGGAGGCGCAGAAGCAUGGAAACAGAGCGCGGCGAAGUGUUGCCCUGCCAUGGUGGCCUCACCGAGGACGAGCUCCUGGUGGCCGACAUCUUGCUCGAGCUGCGGUGGCACUUCGGCGAUCGCUUCCCGCGGGGCUGGGGCGCCAAGAGGCCGAGAUCGGCCCUCUCCCGCGGUGGCUCCCCGGCGGCGUUGCCGUCCCCUCCUCCGCCGCCGCCGCCGCCGCACCAGCGGAAGCAGCAGCAGCAGCAGCCGCAGCCGCAGCCGACGAAGUGCUCCGCCCGCGCCGUGAUCGAAGACAGGGCGAUGGGCCAGAAGCCGAAGGUCCACGCGGCGAGCCCCGACACGCCGCUCUCCUUCUCUCCGAGCGAAUCUGACGGCAACAAGCCCAAGCAAUCCCACUCCAGGAGAAAACCCACCAAAAGGAAGAGAGAGGACUGGCUGAACCUCAUAGCGUUGCUGGAGGAGCAAGGCAGCGCCCUGAGAAAGGAGGUUGAGAAUGUGCGGCGUUAUCGCGACAAAGUGAAGGCUUUGAAUUCGGAGUUGAAAGCCAGGAAGGAAGAGCUAAUGAUUCGGGUCAUACCUGGAGAGUCCGGGCAAGGACCGGAACCGAGCACGCGCUUGACUCCGGCGGGCCAACCGGCUGAACCCGCGGCGGCGCCUCUCCCUUCCGGCUCCGAUCGCCACCCCCCGCCGGUUCCCGAUCCGACGGCGAGCGCGCCGGAGAAGAGCGAGGCGCGCGAGCCGGCUGGCCCUCCGCCGUCUUGCGGCGGCGGAGGCUGCGGCGGGGGAGGGCGGGAUAUCCUCCCCGACCUGAACAUUGGGUUGGCGCCGUUCGACUUGACGAUGGUGGACGAGGAGUGGAGCAACAAGGCGAGGGCUGCACAAGCGAGGCUGAGGCGGAUGCUGAUCUGCAGGGCCAAGAAUCUGACCGCCGCCGUUAAGCCACGUGUCCAGCUCAGAUGACGCUCGUAUUUCUCUCUCUCUCUCGCUCCCCUUAAGAUUAGAGGAGGCGCGAGUUGCUAGAAUUUCUUUUUCCCUUUUUUGCCGGAAUAUUUGAAAUUUGUAGAGAAAAAGAGGAAGGUGGGGGAUAGGGAAAAGAAAUUUGUUUCCCUGUCCUGCUCUCCGGCUCUUUCUUUCCCAUUCCAUAUUUCUUAUAGAAUAUAUUUUUUUUUCCUGAUUUAAUAUGC